AUGGUCGCCGCCGCUAUCGAAGCUCCCAUCGCGGAGAAGCCGCACUUGGAGAAGAAGCCCAUCAAGUUCUCCAACCUGCUGCUGGGCGCCGGUCUCAACAUGUUCGAGGUCACCACUCUGGGCCAGCCCCUCGAGGUUGUCAAGACCACCAUGGCUGCCAACCGUGGCGAUGGCUUCUCCACGGCUUUGGGUCGUAUCUGGGGUCGAGGUGGUCCUCUCGGCUUCUACCAGGGUCUCAUUCCUUGGGCCUGGAUCGAGGCUUCCACCAAGGGCGCGGUGCUGCUCUUCGUUGCCUCCGAGGCCGAGUACUACGCUCGCUACAUGGGUGCUUCUGAGUUUGGCGGUGGCAUUCUUGGCGGCAUCACUGGUGGUGUUGCCCAGGCCUAUGCCACCAUGGGUUUCUGCACCUGCAUGAAGACAGUCGAGAUCACGCAGCACAAGAUGGCUGCCGCCGGCGUCAAGCCCCAGUCCACCUUUGCGACCUUCAUGGACAUUUACCGCAAGGAGGGCAUUCGCGGCAUCAACAAGGGUGUCAACGCUGUCGCCAUCCGACAGAUGACCAACUGGGGAUCUCGCUUCGGUCUUAGCCGACUGGCCGAGGGCUGGAUCCGCUCGGCCACGGGCAAGCAGCAGAGCGACAAGCUCUCUCCCGGCGAGAAGAUUCUUGCUAGCGCUAUCGGUGGUGGUCUCAGCGCCUGGAACCAGCCCAUCGAGGUCAUCCGUGUCGAGAUGCAGAGCAAGAAGGACGACCCCAACCGACCCAAGAAGAUGACGGUCGGCAACACUUUCCGCUACAUUUACGCGAACAAUGGUAUGAAGGGUCUCUACCGAGGUGUUACCCCUCGAAUUGGUCUCGGCGUUUGGCAGACGAUUUGCAUGGUUGCUGUUGGAGAUAUGGCUAAAACUUACGUGGAGAAAUUGACCGGCGACCAGGUCACGGCUAAGCAUUAG